CCCGUCUUCACAUAUCUAGACGUGGGCUGCGGGCCAGGCUCCAUCACCAUCGACUUUGCCCAGCGCUUCCCCCGGGCGUUCAUUGUCGGCGUGGACCCGGCAGAGUCGUUCAUCCGGGCUGCCACCUCGCGCGCGGCGGAGCUGGGCGUGCGAAAUGUGCUUUUCCUCACGGGAGACGGCACAUUCGACGUCGUAUCGUGCCACCAGGUCUUGAGCCAUCUGCAGCCGUCUCGUCGGCCUGCGGCGUUGCGGAACAUGCACGAUCUCGCGCGGAAGGGAGGAGUUGGUGGAGGAGGCGGAGGAGGAGGAGGAGGAGGCAUCGUGGCCGCCCGCGAGGCGGAGCUUGAAGGACUCAUGUCGAUUCACCCGGAGACGCCGCUCCUCUCGCAGUGGCGUGCGCUGUUCUACGGCGUGCUCCGCGCC